AUCUUCCUUUGGAUAUACUUAUUUGCAAUACAUGUCUUAUUGUUGUAGAUCGUGACAAAAAGAAUCAAAAAUCUUUAAAUUAUCAACCAUCAUCGCAAAGAGCACUAACUAUCAGUUUUGAUCAUUCAUAUGUCCUUUGUAAUAAUCAUUUAUACUUAGCUAAAGAAUAUAAUGAAUUAGGAAUUUUAUAUCAUGAAGCUCGUGAAAACUUAAGCAGAUUAAAUUAA